AUGAUAGUACCCCUUUCCCUGUACUGCCACGAUAAUGGCAACAUUGCCAUCUGGGACAUCCGCAAGGGCCAGAAGGUGGUUGACUCUGGCACGGAUCACAGCGCUGGUAUCAACGACAUGCAGUUGAGCAAGGAUGGCACCAUGUUUGUCACCGCCUCCAAGGACACCACCGCCAAAUUGUUCGAUUCUCAGUCUCUUAUAUGCCUAUGCCAUGCCAAGGCUGGAAAGUUCGACUCGCGUUUCUUCCAUCUAAUAUACGAGGAGGAGUUCGCCCGACUCAAUGGCCAUUUCGGACCCAUCAACAGUUUGGCCUUCCAUCCGGACGGCAAGAGUUAUGCCUCGGGCGGAGAAGAUGGUUUCUGCCACGAUAAUGGCAACAUUGCCAUCUGGGACAUCCGCAAGGGCCAGAAGGUGGUUGACUCUGGCACGGAUCACAGCGCUGGUAUCAACGACAUGCAGUUGAGCAAGGAUGGCACCAUGUUUGUCACCGCCUCCAAGGACACCACCGCCAAAUUCCCAAUCUUGGAUCAUGUCGUGCUGGGCGGCGGUCAAGAUGCCAUGCCAAGGCUGGAAAGUUCGGACGGCAAGAGUUAUGCCUUGGGCGGAGAAGAUGGUUUCGUGCGUGUCCAGUCAUUCGAUAGUAACUACUUUGAGAACAUCUUCAAGUAG